AUGGUCAUGGUGCGACCUCUCGACUCAAUGCCAAACCUCCAAGCACGACUACGACUGGAAGGAGAGUCCCCGAAUUGUUGGGACUCUUUGUUUGAGCUCCAAUCUUGCACUAGUGAAGUUAUCAUGUUCUUCCUCAAUGGCGAGACACAUCUUGGUCCCAAUUGCUGUCGUGCCAUCCGCAUCAUAGAACAACAGUGCUGGCCCGCCUUGCUCACUUUGCUAGGCUUCACCCCCCAGGAAGAAGAUAUUCUCCGCGGCUACUGCGAUGCUACUGACUCCACCCCUACACCACUGCCCCCACCACCACAUCCUGUGGAUCCCACUUUCACCAUCUCCCACCAUUUCAUCCCAUAA